AACUCUUUCAACUAAGACGGCAGUCAUCGUCUGCUCCACUUAAACAUUAAGUGCUUGGCACAAGUACUGGGGACUUGGCAACGUUGGUGACUGUACGGAUUGUUGUAAUCGUAGCAUAUAAAAUACAUUUUUAGGCAUGUGAUUUGUGACUUUAUAUUGGCAUCAGUGUUGGUAGAACAACGUGGUGCGUAAAAGAAGUGAGAGCUUACCCUUUCGUAUCGGAUUUGAUUCCGCGUGUGUUUGUAUAUCGUGACGGCAAACGGUCAUCGUCUGCCGUUGGGUUCCAAUGUGGAAUCGGACGCCGAAUUAUUGCACAUUUUGCAUCGCGUAAUGCGUUUGCACACCUUCAUGCUUUCUUGCGAAGAGGACAGAUGCUGUUGCCAAUGUAGAUCAAACCCAGAUCGAGCCCCGCUGAAUGUCACUGGGCAAUGGAUGUAUACCUCGGCUCGCAUGUCGGAAUUGCCUAAUAGACCAUUCGAGAAUGCAGUGUCACAAGAUGUGAAAAUGGGCAUUAAAGAAGAAUUUUAUCAGAAAGUAAUUUCUGCUGGGGCUGACCAUCUGGGAUGUGCUAAUCCAUUGCAAGGAAAUUUGUUAAAAGAAGAAAGUAUAUCAACCAGUAGCAAGCACUUUGAAAGUGGCAUUUCAUCCUUCCUGCACUGUGAAAAGUGUCAUUUUUAUCUUCACAAUUUAAUGCAGAAAAGUCAAAUGUGCCAAGUUUGUGGACACUCUUCCCACACCCCAUGCAGUUAUGGUGUUCUUUCUCAGUCAGUAAACAAGCUGGAUGCUGUUGUGUUUGGGCGAGAGCUGUGUUCAGAGUUCAGUGUUGCUGACCAACAUGCCCCAACACUAGUCUUAAAAUGUAUUCAAGAAAUAGAGCAGCAUGCAAGACAAAAUCCAGAUGUUGAUUUAUAUCUUGGAUACAAAACUCCAGUGCACAGUCAUAACCAAUCCAAAAUGAAACAGAGACUUAAUGAAGAUACGAGAAACUUGGAUUUUAAAGGACAUUCACUCUCCUACAUCACAAGUGCCUUAAUAAAAUAUCUGAGGGAAUUGCCCAAUCCUGUGAUACCAGUGCAAAGUUACGAAAAAUUUGUAGAUGCUUCUAAAAUUCCUAUGGACAAACAGUGUGCCAUGUAUUUAGGAGAACUUGUCCAACAGCUACCUGUUCACCACAAAGUCACUUUGCAAACUUUAAUGGCCCAUUUUUGCAGAAUAUGUUGCUUGCAGCAUUCUAGAGGCUUCAGAAGUUUUCCAGAGUCCAUGAUUAGAACUCUUAGCCAUACACUUCUAAGACCUCCAUGGGAAAACAUCGAGCAAAUAAUGUGCAACUCUGAAGCCCAUAUGAGAAUAGUCAAGUUAUUACUUCUGAAAGGUGAAUGGGGAGAAAAACCUCCAGAAUUUUUAUCCCAGCCAGUUCAACCUCCUCAUUUAUAUGCCAUUAAGGAAGCCAAGCAAAAUUUACAUUCUCACAGGAGUUUGGAAAAAUUGUGUAAUUCUGAGGAUAGUCAAAAACAGGAAAGUAAAGAUCUCCAAGAUGCAGACUGGUAUUGGGGUGAUAUCACUAGAGAGGAAGUGAAUGAGAAGCUAGCAAACACAUGUGAUGGUACAUUCCUUGUUCGAAAUUCAUCCACUAAAGGCAAUGGAGAGUAUACUUUGACCUUGAGGAAAGGAGGCAGCAAUAAAUUGAUUAAAAUAUAUCACAGAAAUGGAAAGUAUGGAUUCUCUGAACCCCUUUCAUUUCCUUCAGUUGUGGACCUGAUAACACAUUACCAACAUGUUUCUUUAGCUCAUUACAAUUCUACUUUAGAUAUAAAAUUGAUGCAUCCUUAUUCAAGAUUUUCUGAGUGUGAAACAUCUGAGGGCUUAGAGUCAAGUUCCAAAUCAUUAAGUUCUGUGAAUAAUGAAUAUUUGAGAGCAGCAGAGUUAUAUGAUAAAUUUUACAAGGACUAUGAAAUAAUGCAGAAUGAAAUAUCUAUUAAAGAGAAUCUUCUGGAUGCUGUGGAUAACUGCUUAGCAUUACUAGAAAAUCAACUGGAUGGAUGCCAGAAGCAAACUGGAGAUAGAACUGUAUGUGUGGAAAAUAUCGACAGCAUAAAGAGACGAAUAAUAAUACUUCAGAGUCAUCAGAGAGAGUUGAAUUGCAAUUUGAAACACCAGUCUUCAUACUGUCGUUCCUUGGAACGUGAAAUAUAUGCUUUAAAACCUAAACUUGUGCUUCUUUAUAAACAAAAAGAGCAAGCUCAAAUGCAAUUAGUAUCUCAAGGUAUAACAAAAGAAAACAUAAAUAAAAUACUUCAAGAACCUUCAAGUAGUAAAAAAUGUAGCUCAAGGAGCAGUUCCAUCAAAGAUUUGCCUCAUAAUGAUGAGUGUACCUGGUUACUUGAGGAGUGUUCUAGAAAUGAUGCAGAAAUACUUCUUGCUGGAAAGCCGAAUGGAACUUUUCUGGUCAGAAAUAGCCGAACUGGUGAUUAUGCUCUUUCCAUUAAAGUGAAUGGCACAGUGGGUCACUGCUUAAUACACAAGACUGAGAAUGGCUUUGGGUUUGCUGAACCAUAUGAUGCGCAUCCUACUCUAAAGAGUCUGGUUCUUCAUUACGCACAGACGUCUCUUGAGGAACACAAUGAAUCCUUGAAGACAACACUUACCUAUCCAGUUUUCUGCCCAGAAAGUGAACAAUACUUGAAUUUGACAAGUUAAAAUUUGGUUAAUGCCAAAUGUGAUUAAAGUUUUUAAAAAAAUUCUAUAAAGUAAGCUUUUCCUGGCCUUUGUUGUUGUCAGCAGCUGUAAUUUUUUUAACGUGGAAAGUUGUUUCACUUUCUGCCUGUACAAAUGCAUUUGAAACUUAAAUCAUUAAUAGGUAUUAAAUGUGUAUUAUGUAUUUUUUUAAUUAAGAAACAAAAGUUGUGCUGCCAAAUUCUGCUUUUUUGUUCCAUAAUUGCUGUAUUUAUCUAGUUUUAAAUUUAAUUUUAUCUAGCUGCUGACUUAAAUGUAUGAUAUUCAGUACCUGAUUUGAUGAUCUUUUUUACAAUCUCCCUAACUUGGAUGUUUUUUUUUUUUUUUUUGUGGGAGAAUUUCUUCCGGCCAGAGAAAACUUUCAAUUCAGGCAAGAGGUCUGAAUUUUCAUGUUGUCCAAAGAAUGGUUUUUAAUAAUAAUAUCUUAACUGUGAUAACUGUGGGCGCUUGGAUGUUCCAAUAAAAGUACUUAUUGGUUUAAAUAAAUCAAAUUUGCUGGUAGAAUUUCAUCACAUGGUAGUAAAUGCCAAAGGCAUAUAAAAUGUAAAUAUUUUGCAAUGAAAAUAGUGCAACGUGGACUUAUAUUGCUUAAAUUUGGUAGCAUUUUGUAUGAAAAGCCUAAAUCUUUUCACUUUACAUCAAACUACAUAGUCAAGUGGUUCAUAUUUUCAGAUACAUUUUGUUCUCUCAUUAAUGAAACUGACAUUCAUAUUGAAAUUCUGUAGUGUUCAUUUAAGUAUCUUACUCUCAUUUCUUCUGUGUUUAAAUCUGCAUAUAUUUGCUACAUGAGAUGUGGCAAUUCUUGCUGAUUAAUAGCAUUAAUGCAGUGUUCGAUUCAUUUUUUUUAGAUAUGUAUGCAGUAACAACAUGUUCAUAAUCUGCAGAUGGAUUUUUGUUCAAAAACCAUAAAUGACUCACAAAAGUUGAUUAUGACUAGAUUUUAGGUAUAGUUCAAACAGAUUUUUAAAUGCACGUUUUCAUAAAUAAAGGUGUAAAUUAGUUUUCUUUAAAAUUAAUGUUGUUAUAUUAAGUUGCUGAUAGUGUUAAGAAUUUAAAAAGUCAUCUUUACAACUGUAAAAAAUCUGCUUCAUUGACUGUAAAAGUGUGAAAUUCUAGAAUUAUAAUUAGUGGAACUAAUAGGAAUUUUCAUAAUUGAAAAACUCCUCUGAAUUGAAACAGUUUUUAUGUUUCCUGGUGAUAGAAAGGUAUAUUUAGUAUUGUUGAUUUUUAGAUAUUAUUUGUAACAUAAAAUUCUAAUAAAAGCUUAGUUGCUUUUCUGAAAUUUACAGUGUAUCUUUAGAAAUAUUACUAGUCAUUACAUAUAAAAUUCUAUCUUAAGAAUAGGUUUCACUUUAUUGUUUUUUUUUUUUUUUUUUUUUUUUUUUUUUUUUUUUUUUACAUAAAAAGUUCAGCUAAAUUUUAGGAUCAUGUUUUGUUUUUAAGAUAAUUCCAUGAAAAAUUGAUGUUGUGAUAUUGAGCUGUAUAUGUAUUAAAACAUUGGUGUUGAUCAAAAAUCAUUAUGGGCUUUACUGUUCUACAUACCCAGUCUGUGUCAGUUAUUCAAAAAGAAUUCUGACAAUGUCCAUCUUUUUCAGAGAGUACAAAGAACUGUGGGAUUUUACCCAGAAGUUUCAUAAAUAUACUUUAAUAAAAGGCUGUUUUUCAUA